GCUGGUAGAAUUUGCUACAGAAAUCACUUUGCUUCCAUGGGCUUUUUGCAUCAUUUGCCUUUCUAAGGACUCAGUGUAGAAGAUCUUGCUUUCUCCAAGUCAAUCAUCCAAAACUCCUAAGGAAAUGAACUUCUCUGGUACUGCUUUAGUAAAGAGAGUGAAUGCAACUGCAUACUGCCACUGGGAGACAGAGUUCAACACCUCCUCAAAUUCGGAUGAUGCUUCUUUGUACUAUUUGCUGGAUGAAUGGUCUCUCUCCCUAUCAGGCACAAACAUGAAGAUGUUUCUAAUCCCUCCAGUUGUCUGCCUUAUGGCAGGUGUCCUCAUCAUUCCUACCAUCUUGUCUGUAAUCUUCUCUAGGUUUAGUAUCCGCCGGGAAACAAGGUACAUGCUGCUGGGUAACGCUUUGCUUUUCGAUCUGAUCUACCUGUUGUUCUACACCGUGUCAUCUGCUCUCAAUGCAGCACAUGUACCUCUCCCCAAGGAAGCUUGUGUUCUCUUACUGUUUUUGCUGGCAGUGGCUUACUGUGGAGGACUGUUCACAGCUGCUGCAAUAGUCUUGGACACAUACAUAGCUGUCCUGUUUCCCUUGCGCUACGUUGCUAUUUUGCCUCCUUCCCGAACUAAAAAAGUUAUUGUAUUACUAUGGGUGUGUGCUGGGGCUUUCCCUGGGAUUUUCUUCUUGGUGCUAUUGAGUACUCGCAGCUUUGUGCCCUGUGCCCUGGAAAUGUGCUCGGUUCCAGUCAUAUUAAUAUUAACUCCACAUGGGACUGACGCUGUAAAACUCUGUUUCUGGCUUUCUACCAUGGUUAUCUUUCUCUGCCUGGCUCUGAUAUUUUGCUGCUAUGUUACUCUGUAUUUUAAAACGAAACAAUCAGGUAUAUGGGAGAGCAUCUGCUCCAGAGCCAGUGUAACGUUCUUAAUGCACAACACUGUCUUAUUUUUUUACUUCUUCCCACUCAUGGCCCUAUUUGUAGAGUCAUUCUUGUGUGUUAAUGUUGUCGUCAAACUGAGGGUAGGAGUCUGGGUCUCCCUGACAGUCUGCAAUGUCCUGAUGAUUCUGCCUAAAGUUUUGUUCCCUUUUCUGUAUGGACUUCGGUACAGAGAGAUCUCAGCAUCUCUCAAAUCCAUUGUCAGAAGAGAGCAUCUUCGCCUGGUGUUACCUGCUCCAUCACCAUUCUGAGCCAACACAGAGCACAGCCACAGGAGAAGGAGCUGUGCUCACCUUGUUAGCGUGCAAGCCUGAUGGAACUCAGCUUCUGAAGAAGUAAUCUAAAGAAGAGGUUAUUGGUUCACGUCAGAGAAGACGUGAGUUGAUCACUCUGCCUCCUUGGUGCCAGAAGACCCCCAGAUCUCUCAUUCCAUCACAGCUGAGAAUACAGUGAAUGUUACCGUAGACAAAGUUCUAAGCUUUGUUCUGAUGUGGGAAGGCAGUAUCUUUUGGAGGAGAUACUGAAUCAAGACCAUUUUC